GGCUACGUGUGCGUCACGGCGCUUACGGGUGCGUCACUGCGCUUACGUGUAGUCCUGACGCCAGUCUCGCGUGAUGAGAGUUGGGGUUUUAGACCGUAACACUGGAGUAAGAGUGGAGGCUGGGAAGUAUCAGUAAACAGCUGUGCGGGGAGUUGUAUCUUCCAGAAAUGCUUGGGGGAACAGAUAUCGUGGCAGCGCCCCAGGGAGGCGACCCUGCUGGCCUGGAGGAGCCCAAAAAAAUGACCAGAGAAGAUUGGAGGAAAAAGAAGGAACUAGAAGAGCAGAGAAAGUUGGGUAAUGCCCCGGCAGAAGUGGAUGAAGAAGGAAAAGACAUCAACCCUCACAUCCCACAGUACAUCUCCUCUGUCCCAUGGUAUGUGGAUCCUUCUAAGAGACCAACGCUAAAACACCAGAGGCCUCAGGAUGAGAAGCAGAAACACUUCACCCUUAUGGGGGACUGGUACAAAAAAGGUGUCAUGGAGGGUUCUAUUGCAACAAAAUAUCGUCAGGGUGCAUGUGACAACUGUGGAGCAAUGACGCAUAAAAAGAAAGAUUGUUUUGAAAGGCCGAGAAGAGUUGGUGCAAAAUUUACUGGGGCUAAUAUCGCUCCAGAUGAACAUGACCAGCCACAGCUGAUGUUAGACUAUGAUGGCAAGAGGGAUCGGUGGAAUGGCUAUAAUCCAGAGGAACAUAUGAGGAUUGUGGAAGAGCACGCUAAGGUUGACUUGGCAAAACGCACGUUGAAAGCUCAAAAACUGCAGGAAGAGCUGGCCUCGGGAAAGCUGUCAGAGCAAGUGAGCUCCCCAAGGCACCAGUGGGGAGAAGAGGAGCAGAGCUCACAGACCGAAAGGGAUCGCAACAGUGAGGAUGAGGAUGAAGAUAAGUAUGCAGAUGACAUUGAUAUGCCAGGGCAGAACUUUGACUCCAAGAGGCGAAUUACUGUCAGAAACUUGCGUAUUCGUGAAGAUACUGCCAAGUACCUAAGGAAUCUGAACCUUAAUUCUGCAUACUAUGAUCCAAAAACGAGAGCCAUGAGGGAAAAUCCAUAUUCUGAUGCAGGAAAAACUCCAGAAGAAGUCAGUUAUGCUGGUGAUAACUUUGUUCGUUACACUGGAGAUACUAUUUCAAUGGCCCAGACACAGUUGUUCGCUUGGGAAGCCUAUGAAAAGGGCUCAGAUGUUCAUCUGCAGGCAGAUCCUACAAAACUUGAAGUUUUGGCAAAAUCAUUUAAGGUUAAAAAGGAAGAUUUUGAACACGAACAGAAGAAAAGCAUUUUGGAGAAGUAUGGAGGACAGGAACACUUAAAUAUUCCUCCCACUGAGCUUCUUUUGGCCCAGACAGAGGAGUAUGUGGAAUACUCCAGGCACGGCACAGUCAUUAAGGGUCAGGAGAAGGCAGUUGCCAAAUCCAAAUAUGAAGAAGACAUUCUUAUCAACAAUCACAUAUGUAUCUGGGGAUCCUACUGGAAGGAAGGCAGAUGGGGCUACAAAUGUUGUCAUUCCUUUGUCAAGAUGUCAUACUGCACAGGCGAAGCUGGCAAAGACAUUAAUAAUCCUGACAUCUGUGAAGAGGACUUGAUGCCCACAGAAGAGGAAAUGACCAAGCCAAAAACUUUGGUAGAGAUUCAUCAAGAAAAACUGAAAGAGAAAAAGAAGAAGAAAAAACACAGGAAAAGUGGAGAUUCUGACAGCGACAAUGACGAAAAGAAAAAAAAGGACAAGCUAAAAAAGGCACUGAACGCAGAAGAGGCCCGCCUUAAACAGGUAGAAGAAAUGAUGCAGUUGGACGAGAGGAAGAGGGGGUAUAACAGUGUAUAUGAGAGUCGGGAGCCAACUGAAGAAGAAAUGGAGGCUUACAGAAUGAAACGACAGAGGCCGGAUGACCCAAUGGCCUCUUUCCUUGGAAUGUAAUUGGGUUCUGCCCACUCAUAUCUGUGUAACUGAGCUGUACUGCUCUAUAUUUCUUUCAUCUCUAAAUGUCCAUAUCAUGUGUAUAUUUCCUGUCUAUGGCUGCCAUUUAGAGUUAUCUGUAAAAUAAAAUGUUUUUAUAGUUAAGUAUAA